AUGGAGUUAUCAACACGGCCUUCUACAAACAACGUCCUAGACACAUUUGUACUCAACCAAGAGGAUCUCCAACGACUCAAAAGAUGGGUUGCAGCCAAAUGCCCCACGUUAUCACAUGUAUCAAGUUUUACAGUAGCAUGCGCUUAUGUAUGGGAUUGCAUGGGUAAAGCUCGAGCAAAGAGUGGUGAAGAUGUGGGUGAGAAUGAGCCGGAGCAUUUGGCUUUUGUGGGGGGCUGUCGAGCUUAUUUUGAUCCACCCAUACCUGCAAACUAUUUCGGUAAUUGCUUAGCUCCAUGUUCAGCGACAGUGAAGAGUUUGGAACUGAUUACAGAAGAUGGCUUCAUAGUUGCAACCAAUACUAUAGGAAAGGCAAUUCAAGAAAGACUUCGAAACAAAGAAGGAAUUCUGAAAGGGUUGGAGAAAUGGAUGUCGAAUUAUAAAUCUUUAAAUCCAAAGAGAAUAUUUGGAGUCGCUGGAUUGCCAAAGUUUUCGUGUUAUGAUAUAGAUUUUGGGUUAGGCAGACCUUGCAAGGGAGAAAUCAUAUUGAUAGACGUGACAAAAUCCAUAUCACUCAAUGAAGGCAAAAACAAUAAAGAAGAUGUUGAGAUUGACUUAUCAUUUCCCAAGAUUAAGAUGGAUGUUUUUACCUCUAUCUUUGUUAAUGGUCUCAAGAUUUACGAUUAG